CGCAAUGGAAAAGCCAAAAGGCGGACAAUUGCUUCAGGAACGCUCAUUGAGUUUUUCAGAGGCGUCGCUAAUGGCAGGCACAAAUACGAAACAGGAUGAGAUGCCCCAGUGGACCUGGACCCUCAAGUGGGCGGCACUCGGAUCAUCGGUUGGAGCGGCGGUUCCAGUGGGGUAUUGCACGGGUGUGAUGAACAGUCCCGCUGAGCUUAUGCGCUCCUGGUGCAACGAGACUCUGAUUGCACGCUAUAAUCUGGAUUUGGGAGAGUCAGGGUUAGAGCUACUGUGGUCGGCCCUUGUCUCGAUAUUUCUCGUGGGAGGCGCCAUCGGAUCAGUGGUGGGCGCUUCUAUGGCCAACAGGUUCGGACGCCGCGGUUGCUUCUUCAUCUGUGGCAUUCUUCUGAUGCUAGGAUCCAUUAGCUUCUAUGCGUGUCGUCCCUUGAAUGCCGUGGAGCUUUUGAUGCUUGGUCGGCUGCUGGUUGGACUGGCCGGCGGUCUCCUUACAGCCUUCAUGCCCAUGUGGCACAGCGAGAUCUCGUCUCUAAAUCAGCGCAGUACAUUAUCUCCCCUUUGUCCGAUGGGCUUGACCCUGGGAGUAGUAGUGGCGCAGGUUUGUAGCCUCCGGUCGGUGCUAGGAAGUCCUGAAAACUGGCACUUUGGACUGGCCUUUUAUGGCCUCCUCGUAGCAGUGUGCUAUGCUCCCUUUAGCUGGUAUCCCGAGAGCCCCAAGUGGAUGUACGUCGUUAAGGGGCACAAGGAAGAGGCCCGUAGCCAAUUGCAGCAGCUGAGGGGCUACACAGCUGGCAGCUCCGCUCUGCAGGCAGAGAUAGAUGAAAUGGAGCUAGAGGCUGCUUCCAAGGUGAAAGCACGCGGAUUGGUACAGGUGCUGCUUGAUCCAAAAUUGCGUCUGCCACUGAUUAUCGUAUGCGCCUUUCUUGGAGGCCAACAGUUAUCGGGCAUUAAUGCAAUCUUUUAUUACUCCGUCUCGAUCUUCCGCAAAGCGGGUCUGUCAGUCCAGGCAUCAGAGUGGGCCAACUUGGCGGCGGGCUCCCUCAAUUUAGCCACCUCUAUGUUGGGCCCGAUUCUGCUCGAACGAGUAAAUCGACGGCCACUGAUGCUUUUCUCUACAUUUUUCUGUACUGUCUUUCUCUUCUUAUUUUCCAUGAUGCUCUACUUUAUUGAGAGCUAUAGCUGGUUCGCCAUGGGCUGCAUAGCCUGUAUUUUCCUAUACAUAUUUUUCUUUCAGUUUGGACUAGGCCCUAUGCCCUUCUUCAUCGGAGCAGAAUUGUUUGAACUUGCUUCCCGGCCAGCUGCCAUGUCCCUGGGUAGCGUAGUAUACUGGAUCUGCAACUUUAUCAUUGGUAUGGCCUUCCCCACUUUACAGAAAAUCUGGGGCGCGUUGGUCUUCUUACCGUUCUCAGUAACCUGCCUGCUGCUCUUUGGCAUAACGAAACGCUACUUGCCGGAGACACGCGGGCGCGAGCCUUUCCAGGUGGCUCCACUUGUUGCCUUCGGCUUUAAAUCAAAAGUGCUGCUCACCCGUCAGAUGAUGAGCCAAACCUUGACGUGAUCUAGGACUCUACACUGAGGGAAAAAACCCAGUCUAAAUUUAAGAACAAAGUUCUUAAUUUAAGAAACUUUAGUUCCUAAAUUUCGUUUUUACAAUAAGAACAAACGUUCUUAAAAUAAGACCAAACAUUCCUAAAAUAAGACAAUUUUAUUCUUAAAUUAAGAAAAUGUUCUAAAACAAAAAAAACUAUAUUGUAUUUAUGAACUACAAAAAUUAUCAAUUUUUUUGUCCGAUA